AUGAGUAGACCAUCUGCGAAGCUCUGCGCAAGUUGCUCCCCGGCAUUACGGCCCCGCGGCCGGGCAUUGCGGUCUGCGACUCCCACACCGCUGCGCGUGAGAUCUCUUUCAUACACGACUGCCCCUACGACUGCCACUAUCCAUUCCUCGCCUCUGUUCUGCUCUCAUCCUCGUGUCCCACAUGCUGCCCGGGCCACCGGGCUGCCGGUGAAUGGGCUCCGACUACAGCGCCGCGCGCGCGGAUUGGCGACUGCUACCAGUGAGGGGGCUGCGGGGGUAGAUUCGAAGGCCGGGCCUGUAGAUGGCCCUAUGAAGGAGUACGAUGUGCGUGUUGAGGAGGGUCGGUUACGGGAUGAUCCUUAUCAGCGAGGUAUAAUCCAAAAUCUACAAGACCUCUUCGAAGCGCUCAAAUCCUACCACCCACCAACCGUCGUCCACCCCACCCCCGAAUCCCUCGACCUGCAACCAAAGCAGUCCUUCUUUGGCUCUCUCUUCGGCGGCGGCGCAAAGGCAGCGCAGAUCUCUGUCGUACCGGAUAAUCUGCCAAAGGGUUUGUAUAUGUUUGGAGAUGUUGGUUGCGGGAAGACCAUGCUUAUGGAUCUGUUCUUCGAUACGUUGCCGGACAAUAUCAAGACCAAGACGCGAAUUCAUUUCCACAACUUCAUGCAAGAUGUACAUAAACGCAUGCAUGUCGUGAAGAUGAAGUACGGCAACGACUUUGAUGCGCUGCCUAUGGUUGCUGCGGAUAUUGCGGAGAAGGCUAGCGUAUUGUGUUUCGACGAGUUCCAGUGUACAGAUGUGGCCGAUGCAAUGAUUUUGCGAAGACUCCUCGAAGUCCUCAUGUCCCACGGUGUCGUCCUAGUUACAACUUCCAACCGUCACCCAGACGACCUCUACAAAAACGGCAUCCAACGCGAAUCCUUCAUUCCAUGCAUCAACCUUCUCAAAACCGACCUCAACACUACCGCAAGAUCCCCCGCCCCCCCUGCAGCAGUCUACCACCACCCACUCGGCGAAAGCGCAGAGCAGCACGCGCAGCGCUGGUUCGAUGUUCUCGGCGACCCGAUAAACGACCCACCCCACCCAGCCUCCCAAAUAGUCUGGGGCCGCACAAUCAACGUCCCGCGCGCCAGCGGCAAAGCAGCCCAAUUUACCUUCAACCAGCUCAUCGGCACUGCAACCGGCGCAGCCGAUUACCUCGAAUUAGUCCGUCAUUACGACGCUUUCAUCGUAACCGAUGUGCCUGGGAUGAAUCUGAACCAGCGCGAUCUAGCGCGCCGAUUCAUCACCUUCAUUGAUGCGGUUUACGAGAGUCGGGCGAAGCUGGUUCUUACGACGGAGGUGCCGUUGGCGAAUCUCUUUCUCUCGGCGGAUGAUGUGAAGGGUGCGGGUGUCGGUGGUGGGGAUCAUUCUGAUCUAUCGGACGCAAUGCGCAAUUUGAUGGAUGAUUUGGGAAUGUCUGUUGCUGCGCUGAAGAAUACUUCUAUCUUCAGUGGGGAUGAGGAGCGGUUUGCGUUUGCGAGAGCUUUGUCGAGACUUUCUGAGAUGGGGAGUAAGGAGUGGGUUGAGAGGGGAUUGGAUAUUGAGGGUAAGUCGAGUGAGCAGAGUAAAGAGGAGGAGGCUGCUUGGAAGAAGACUAGGAGUCAUUGGAGUGAGGAUAAUAUGUGA